CCGACCUUCCAAGGCAGAGUUCAUCGCUGUCUUUCUACCUACCAGUGUUUUCCUGCCAUUUCUUUCCGCCUUUUAUGAAGAAAUUGCCUGCCAUUUAAGUUAAGUUGAGUAAGUUCUCACAGUAAAGAGUGGAUGGCUUUUGCAGACCCUCAAAGUCAAAGAGCUUCUUCUUCUUCUUCUUCUAUUUCUACUCGUGGAUGGAAUUACGAUGUUUUCUUGAGCUUUAUGGGUGAAGAUACUCGCCAUAAUUUUACAGAUCAUCUCUACAGAGCUUUGGAUCAGAAAGGGAUUCGUACCUUUAGAGAUGAUGAGGAGCUACGAAGAGGAGAAGAGAUUGCAGCAGAACUUUUAAAAGCUAUUGAAGAGUCAAGGAUUUGUGUCGUAAUUCUGUCCAAAAACUAUGCCCGUUCUAGGUGGUGUUUGGAUGAACUGGUAAAGAUCAUGGAGUGGAAGCAGUGUAUGGGACAAUUAGUGUUUCCGAUUUUCUACCAGGUGGACCCCUCCAAUGUGCGAAAACAGAUGGGGAGUUAUGGAGAAGCAUUAGCCGAUCAUGAAAGAACGGCAGACGAGGAAGGAAUGUCGAAGAUAAAGAGGUGGAGGGAAGCGUUGUGGAAUGUGGCGAAGAUUAGCGGAUGGUGUUUAAGGAAUGGACCUGAGUCACGUGUUAUUGAGGUGAUUACUUCCACUAUUUGGAAGAGUUUAAACCGGGAACUCUUACAGGUUGAGAAGAAGCUUGUUGGGAUGGAUCUUCGAAGGGCGUCUUCUUCUUCUACUUCUACUUGUAUUGGUCCAUGGGAAUAUGAAGUUUUCUUGAGUUUUCGGGGUCAAGAUACCAGACAAAAUUUCACAGAUCAUCUCUAUGCAGCUUUGUAUCAGAAAGGGUUUCGAACCUUUAGAGUGGAUCAUAUCAGGGGAGAAAUGAUUUUGCCAACUACUUUGAGAGCUAUUGAGAUGUCAAGGUGCUUUCUCGUAAUUCUCUCGAAAAACUAUGCUCAUUCCAAGUGGUGUUUGGACGAGUUGAAGGAGAUCAUGGAGUCGAGGCGACAAAUGGGAAAAAUAGUUUUUCCAGUUUUCUAUCAUGUGAAUCCUUCCGAUGUGCGAAAUCAGGGGGAGAGUUAUGGAGAAGCGUUGGCCAAUCAUGAAAGAAAAAUUCCUCUGGAGUAUACACAGAAGUUGAGAGCAGCUUUGAGGGAAGUGGGCAAUCUUUCUGGAUGGCAUAUACAGAAUGGGUAAAUAUAGCUUGUUCGAUCCGCAUAAUCUUUUGCAAGUAUCCUUUUAUCUUUCUAUACAUAAUGAUAAAUCAGAAAUCUACUAGAAUUUAUAAUCA